UGCCGAGGAGGAUUAAUGGUUUGUCGGACAGUGUGCGAACGAAGCAUUCUCUGACCAUCCGACAUGCGACGAAACCGGCAUAUUAAUGCAACAUUACCACCAACUGGUUAUCUUGUGAAAACGCAACAAACGAUCACCGGAACCAUCGCACGAGAACAUGUCUUCCCACACGGACUGUUAUUGCAGACACAAACCUUGGCAUCAAUUUGCAGCGAUGGCUGAUACCCAAGAAACCGUCCGUAAAAAACAGAAAAUGUCCAAAGUUUGGGAUCAUUUCAGACUUAAACAAUACAACAUAGUGCAAUGUGACCACUGCCAUGCAGAACUGGCGUUCCACAGCAGCACUUCUACAAUGAUUUCGCAUUUGAACCGAAAGCACCCGGUCGUCGUUUCUAGCUCAACAAGCUUCGAUGACACAAGCACAUCACUUGGUCGCCCAGUUCCAUCAUGCUCUGUUAAAGAAGCUGCCUUGCUGACAGAGAGCAUUUUGGACAUGCUUGUCACUGAUAUGCGCCCAUUAUCCAUGGUGGAGGACAAAGGAUUUAGGAAGAUGAUUUCAACUUUCAACCCCAAGUACAUCAUACCGUCAAUAACUUAUUUCACAAAUAUCAUGGAGAAGAGGCACCAGGAAAUGACAGAGAAAUUGAAAAAUGUCCUCCAGGACACGGAGUGUGUUGUACUGACUACAGACAUCUGGACUAGUGUGGCCACAGAGGCCUAUCUCGGGGUGACCUGUCACUUCUUGGGGGAAGAUUGGGAGAUGAAGUCCCUCUACCUCACAACGAUGCGUCUUGAAGAGAGGCACAUGGCUGUCGACAUUGCGGACUGGCUUGAGGAGACCGUUGCCAAGUUUCAUAUUCCAUUGCUAAAGGUGAAGGCAGUCGUCCAUGACAACGAGGCUAAUGUAGUGGGUGCGGCAGGAAUUUUGGAGGAGAGGCACGGCUGGGCUACAGUGAUAUGCUCAGGGCAUACUCUGAAUUUAGUUGUUCAGAGCACGCUGAAAAAUAAGGAAAGCAUUACUAAUUGUGUGGAUUCGGCGAGAUGCCUAGUUGAGCAUUUUAAGAGAAGUGAAUUAGCUUGUACCAAACUGAAAGAAAAGCAGCAACAAAUGGGAAUGCCGCCACUGAUGUUGAUCCAGGAUGUAAGUAGCCGGUGGAAUAGUACAUAUCACAUGCUGUCCAGGCUUCUCGGACAACGAUGGCCUGUGACCGCAGCGCUUUCCGAUCCCGCAGUCACCAAACGGCACUACCUGGAUCUAGAUCCGGAGCAGUGGAACCUGAGUGAGGAGCUGACUCAGAUCCUCGGACCAUUUGAAGGCGCAACAGAGUUUCUGAGCGGGGAGCAAUUUGUUACUCUCUCUGCUCUUCCACAGCUGGUGCACAACCUUAAGAAGUCAAUACUGAGUUCAGCAUUUAAAACUGCAUCUGUCAGAGCCUUCCAGGCUCAAGUGACAGAACAGAUCACAGAGAGAUGGCAAAAACUGUUUUUAUUUCAACCCGAAGCUCCCAACACUGUCCUCCUGGCUGCUGCUUUGGACCCAAGGUUUAGAAAACUGAAGUUCUUGCCUGCUGAAGAUGUGUUUAAGGUCCAGUGUACAAUCCAGUCCAUGGCACUCGCUGUUAAAAAGGAAGCAAGACAGUUAAAUCAAAGCAGGGGUGAAGCCACGGCCAAAACCAAAGACCGUUUAGGUACAAAAUAUGGAUCUUUGCUCAAAAGUAUCCUGGGAUCAUCAUCAGACUCCAGCAGCAGUGAGGAAGAGGAGGAUGAGGAUGAGCAGCUUAGUCAAGCGGUGCAGAAGGAAGUCUUGCAGUAUUUUGGAGAACAGCCAAUCUCCAAGAAGGAGAAUCCACUGCCAUGGUGGAGAUCAAACGCAUUACGAUAUCCAACCUUGGCAAAGCUGGCCAAGUCCUUUUUGGCUAUCCCAGCGACAUCGACACCCUCCGAGCGAUUGUUCUCUGCUGGGAACAUCGCCUCAAAGCGGAGAGCGAGCCUCGGUUUUGAGCAAGUCGAUAUGUUGACUUUUCUCCAUUGUAAUCAUAUGCUCUUGUAAAGCCUUGCAUUUGCACAAACCCAUCACCACACACAGACACACAAUCCUACCUACCUCAUCUAUGUACCUAUCAAAGUUUGUUUGGUGAUCGAAACAUCAAUAUGCCUAAAUGGCCUGGAAUUCUAGUUUUUACAAAUGAGUUUUAAAUUUGAAUGGUACAAGAUAUCUCAAUAUUUUUAUUUACGUUUUUAUCAUUGUUACAGAUCCCAAAUUUUUUGUAUUGACUCUCCUGAAACUUUUUAGAUGUCACAAAUGCUUUGCUUAAUCACCAAUUCUUUAAAUGUUUUAAAUUGCUCGUCAAUUGACACUGUAUACUGUAUUGCAUUUUUUAAACAUGUUUUAUAAAAAGGUGUUCAAAAAUCCGUCUUCAAUGUGGCAGUCAAAAAAAAAGUUUGCUGCCCCAGUUUUAGAAACCCUUUGACUUAUUGAAUUUUUCUGUAUUAUUCAAAUAUAUUGACAUGCAUAUACAGUAUAAGCCACUGGCGCUUCAGAAAUUAAACAUUUCUAAUACUUGUCUAUGACAACA